CACAAGGCAUGGUGGAACAAGGCAAUAACACAAUUCAGACAAUAAUCAGCGCUCGGGAAAAUGACACAGGAACAUGCAACUGGUCUGAUUGACUGCCAGAAAUCCAGUAUGCUAUGAACACUUCAUUUGUGCGAAACAUAAAAAUGACACCCUAUGAGGUAGUAUUUGGUCAGAAAGCUGCUGGACUUCAAAUGAUUGGUCCAUGCAACACAGAUGUAAAUGCAGAUAUGGUAACUGACAUCAUUGAGCAGUCAGCUAAUGGUAAUGAAGAUUGUGAUGACGCGAAUGUUCCUUUAAUUAAUUUUUCUGUGCAUCAUUCGAAUAUACCAGCACUGGAAAGAGAAGCAGAUGAAGAAAUGGAAACAUCCCCUCGUAACACAAUAAGGAAGGAGGUGGUUAAUAACACUAUCAAAAAUGCAGAAGCGAUGUGCAAAAGGUUUGAAAGGGGUAAAAAAAAUACCUGUGGGAAAUUUCGAUGUAGGACAAAAUGUCACAGUAGCAAUUCCUUCCAAAAUUCGCCACUCCUCUGAUCUAAAGCGCUUACCGUGCACAAUUGUUAAUAAAAGUGCAGGAAACCAACCCACAUACAGACUUUUAUGUCAAUAUGGGACGUUGGAAAAAAGAUAUAGUGCAGGAAAAUUAAUGGCCUUUAACGGCUCUGUACGGUGUGGUAAACCGGACAUCUACGUUUGCCUAAGAACAGCUUCUCAAAAAAUGUGUCAAAAUAAGUUGGUGUAUUGUCACUGUAAAAAGUCAGGUUGCAAAAAUAUAUCAUGCAAUUGCAUCAAAGCUAAAAUCGCCUGUUACUCUCGAUGUCACAAAGCCGAUACACUUCAUUGCAAAAACAAAACUGCAAUACCAUCACCUCAAUAUAUCGACUCAUUUCCUAAAUUUGGAGGGAAUAUUAAUCUAUUAGCAUUUCAGAACACCUGUCCUGUUGACACAUGGUUGGCUGUCGUAAAGUGUGUAGAUAGUUACAAACUGUUGCCUGAUGUAAGCCCCACAAAAACCACACUCAAAUUGGUUCGCAAAGGUGAAUUUGAAGAGGCCAAAUAUCAAGUAGCCGUUGACCACGUUAUAUUACCAAGAUGUAUGGGUCGGAAUUUACCUUGAUGAUAAAGAUGUAUAUUCUGCCAUUUUUAAAAUUAUCGAGAUCAUCAUACUGCGACAAUCCGUAUUGUCUAUCUCCUUUGGUUGUCACUGGCGUGCAAGAUUGUCCGUCUUUAAAUCGAGGGUUGUCUCUUAACUGGAUUACACCAUUAGAUAUUCAGCAUCAGAUAUCUUCCUGGUUUAAUGAUCAUAUGACAUCAACAAGGUGUGGUCGGAAAAUCGCUAACGCGCCAUUGAAAUAUUGCUUUCAAGACAUCAAUACUGAACCAGGGCUAACUUCGCAAUUUUGUAAUAGAACAAGAAAAAACAAACCAAUAUCCUGUUCUAUAUUCCCGCCACUGCUACCAGUCCACAUUACCGAAUAUGGUACUGGCAAACAAAUAACAAAUUCGUUUCCAGUGGAAAUUACAGUGGCAAUUUCAGGAAAGAUAACUAGAGCAUACGAACUUAUGGCUAUUACACUUUGGGACAAGUCACAUCACACUGCAAAACUCCUUUACAAUGGAAGCUGGUACUUCUACGACGGGAUGAAAAACGGAUUGGUCGCACUAAACCGCGAAGUGUUGCCAGAUGGUUACACACCUACGUACUGUUUAUAUGGUAUGGUGUAUAAUGUUUAAAAUUUUUAUUGGUUAACACGUGCAAUUUAAAGUUAACAUGCAACACAAUGAUGAGUUUCACUUGUUUGUGCUUUAGUGCGAAAGGAUGGACAAAAGACGCAAAUUUUACAA